AUGGCAAGUCCUGUGGUAACAUUGGCCCUUGGCAAGGUUUCUGGUAUGAGUGAAUCUUUUUUUAAGAAGAAAAAAGGGAUAUGGUUUGAUGAGGAACUUGACAAUGCAGCUAUUUAUGGCUACAUCGUCGGUUGGUGGGCACCAUUGCUUUUGGUGCAAAUUGGUAGCCCUAAUAUAUUAUUCUACUCAAUCGAAGAUAAUAAGCUAAAGUUGAGACAAGUUGUUGGACUAACCAGCCAAGUAGCCGUAGCACUUUGGAUCUUUUACAAAGUGUGGUUUCCAGAUUCCUAUUUGUAUGCCGCAGUGUUACCGUUGUAUGUGGCAGGAAUUAUCAAAGUUAUAGACACUCUUCAAGCUCUCAGAUCAUUAAGUAACAGUGAAAAUGUUGUGAUAACUACUAUGGAAAAUAGCGAUAUUCAAAAAUUAGAAAUCCCAACUGAGUCUAGCUCUUCUUCCAGCAAUCGUGUGAGUGGAACAUAUUCUGAUGAUGUUGCUUUGCUUGUGAAAGCUUAUCAGCGGUUUGAUCGGUUGAAGCCUUACCUUGAAAAGUGGCUAGGCCACCCUUCAUCAAUUUAUCUUCCUUCAAUAAGUGUAGAUGACUAUCUUCCAAAGGAUGUUUUUAAAUUGAUAGAAUUUGAGCUUAGCUUUAUGUACGAUGUACUCUACACCAAAUCACCCAUUAACUAUUCAAUCAGAAGUCUUUUGGGUCGCAUCAUUUGUACUCUUCUCCUAGCUAAUUUUUUGUUGCACUCAGUCCGGACUUUUGGACGUGUCUAUAGCAUAAUUUACGUUGUAUUGGGAACGGGAGUAGUUGCACUUGAAAUUUAUGAGAUCAAGGAGCUUUUGUACUCGGAUUGGGCCAUACUUCACCUGAUGAAACAAAAUAGAAGUGCAUUUAUGAGAAGAUUGUUGAGAAUUGUUGCUCGAAAGGUUAUAAGUAAGAAGCAUAGGUGGUCACAAUGCAUAGAUCAAUUCAACUUACUAAGCUAUUGUCUGUAUGAAGAGGCUACAAAGUUUGAUGGGUUGAUUAGUAGAAUUCUCAAGUUCAAGGGCUACUACAAGGUGUACAAAAAGUAUUGUGUUAAGAAAGAUAUUCAAGUCCCUGAAGAGUUGAAGGAAUUGAUUCUACAACAAAUGGAAGAGAUAAAAGCUCAAAGAGAUGGCCAACCUUUCUCCGAAAGUGGCCAAUGGCUAGUUGAAAGAUGUUAUUGCCUCCGAGAUUUGGAAUGGAGUACUCAAACAGAUUUUGGUACCCAAGCUAAGAAGCAAACCACUUUUGGCAAAACCAUUAUUACAUGGCACCUUGCCACUACUGUUUGCUACUAUUUAGAAGAUGACCAAUCGGAAGGUACCAGCACUCACUCCCAACGUGAAAUGAGCAAAAAUCUAUCAGAUUACAUAAUGUAUCUUUUGGCUAUGCAACCUGAUAUGUUAUCUAUUGUCAUCGGUGACAUUCUCUUUCGUGGUGCUCGUGCACAAGUGGGUGAAUUUGUGAAGACAAAACAAUUAAAGGAUGAAGCUACAUUAUGCAGUACAAUUAUCCUAGAUGAACUAAUCAUUGAUGAGAAUUAUUUCCAAGGACUUCCCAAGAAUAAUAUGCUUACAUCACAAUGGAAUGUGCUGCAUCAGGUGCAGGAUUUGGCAAGAAAAUUGCAAGACAGAGAAGAUAGAUGGAGAAUAAUAAGUAGUGUUUGGGUGGAAAUCUUGUGUCAUGGAGCUAGUAUUUGUCCUUGGACUCUCCAUGCUGAGCAACUUAGGAGAGGUGGAGAAUUGCUCACUCAUGUUUGGCUUCUGCUUGAGCAUGAGAAAGAUCGAUCCAAUAAUGUUCUUUCUCAUGAAUUGGAAUCUGCUGCUUAA